AAUCACAGAGACCCCUCAUUUUUCCCAACUCCUAGAGCAAUCUUCCCCAAGUCUGUAGAAUAAAGAUCAAACUCGAAGGAGAGUCCGAGCAACCACGUCACAGUCUCCUCCACCGUGCAACAUCAAGAUCCUCCACAACCCCUGUCGUACACCACCGUUGUCCAAGUCAACAUUAGACGUCCAAGAGGCCCCUGUUUUUGCACCAAAAAAUAGAGCACUGGACGUGUGUGGACGAGCACUGGGCUUCAUCCAGUCCUUUGAGGGAAUCUCUAAUUUUGUCAAACUCCUCAUCGGCUUCUUCACCAAACUGUGAGAGAUAAGCUGACCUUUCAUCCAAAAGGCCUGCAUGACAUGCAAUAGUCCAGUUAGGUCUCAGGCAUUUUGAGCAAUUAAAACACCAGGCGAUAAGACUUCAGUUCAAGUAUCCCAAGCCCACCAGAGCAGAUUUUAAAGUUCAUAAAGUUCUUUGUUCUAAAGAUAAACAAAUGUCUCCAAAUGCAGGAGACUACUGAUUCGUAUGAGAAGGGAGCUCGACUUUCUGGACUCCGAAACUACUCUAAAGAGACUGGUGCGUAUCGGAAGAGUAGCGCUGAUGCAGAGAACAAUGAAGGAGAUGAGGAACGGUGGCGAUUCGUCGGUGGAUGUGGAGGGUAAGUCUGGUUUUGGAGGUGGUCUUGAGGAUGUGUACGGUGAGGAUAGGGUCACCGAGGAUCAGCUGGUUACUCCCUGGACCGUCUCCGUUGCUAGUGGGAACACAUUGCUGCGGGAUCCCCGCCACAACAAAGGGCUUGCCUUCACUGAGAAAGAGAGAGAUGCUCAUUACCUGCGUGGCCUUCUGCCUCCGGCAGUACUUUCUCAGGAGCUUCAGGAAAAGAAGAUAAUCCACAAUCUUCGCCAAUAUAAAGUUCCAUUACAUAGGUACAUGGCCAUGAUGGAUCUUCAGGAAAGAAAUGAAAGGCUGUUUUACAAGCUCCUAAUUGAUAAUGUUGAGGAACUACUUCCAGUUGUCUACACUCCAACUGUUGGUGAGGCUUGUCAGAAAUAUGGGAGCAUUUUCAGGCGUCCCCAGGGCCUUUACAUCAGUUUGAAAGAGAAGGGGAAGAUCCUUGAAGUCAUGAAAAAUUGGCCAGAGAAGUCUGUUCAAGUUAUUGUUGUGACUGAUGGUGAGCGUAUCUUAGGGCUUGGGGAUCUUGGCAGCCAGGGAAUGGGGAUUCCUGUUGGAAAACUCUCUCUGUAUACAGCACUAGGAGGAGUUCGUCCUUCAGCAUGCUUGCCGAUAACCAUUGACGUUGGCACAAACAAUGAGCAGCUGUUGAAGGAUGAAUUUUAUACUGGGCUUAGGCAUAAGAGGGCAACGGGGCAGGAAUAUACAGAGCUGCUUGAUGAGUUCAUGUGUGCAGUUAAACAGAACUAUGGGGAGAAGAUUCUAGUACAGUUUGAGGAUUUUGCCAACCAUAACGCAUUCGAGCUGCUGUCACGAUACCGCUCAACUCACCUUGUCUUUAAUGAUGAUAUACAAGGUACAGCAUCUGUGGUAUUAGGAGGGAUUAUUGCAGCCUUGAAAUUAGUUGGUGGAACCUUAGCUGACCACACUUUCUUGUUCCUCGGUGCUGGAGAAGCUGGAACUGGCAUAGCGGAGCUUGUUGCACUGGAAGUGUCAAAACAGACAAAAGCUCCACUGGAACAUACCCGCAAGAAGAUCUGGCUUGUGGACUCAAAGGGACUGAUUGUUAGCUCCCGUCGGGAGUCGCUUCAACACUUUAAGAAGCCAUGGGCUCAUGACCAUGAACCUGUUAAGGGACUCUUAGAUGCUGUCAAGGCAAUCAAGCCAACAGUGCUGAUAGGAUCGUCAGGAGUGGGAAAGACUUUUACAAAAGAGGUGGUUGAGGCCAUGGCAUCUUUCAAUGAGAAACCUCUUAUUCUAGCUCUCUCCAAUCCAACUUCACAAUCAGAGUGUACAGCUGAAGAAGCUUAUACAUGGAGCAAGGGCAGAGCAAUCUUUGCCAGUGGAAGCCCAUUUGAUACUGUCGAGUAUGAUAGGAGGGUUUUUGUGCCCGGCCAGGCCAACAAUGCUUACAUCUUUCCUGGUUUUGGAUUGGGUUUGAUCAUCUCUGGUGCAAUUCGAGUGCAUGAUGACAUGCUUUUGGCAGCCUCGGAAGCUUUGGCUGCACAAGUGACACAGGAAAACUUUGAUAGGGGGCUGAUUUACCCACCAUUCUCCAAUAUCAGAAAGAUAUCGGCCCACAUUGCUGCUGAUGUCGCUGCCAUGGCAUAUCGACUUGGUCUUGCUUCUCAUCUCCCUCAACCAAAGGAUCUUGUCAAGUAUGCAGAGAGCUGCAUGUACACCCCAAUUUACCGAAGCUAUCUUUGAAAUUCCUCCAUUUGUAAGUUUCAACUUACCCGAGCAUCUAACAGCCCCCCCAGGGUGAUUGGUUUUCCUUAGUCCUCUAGUUCGUGAAGUGCAGUCAGAUGCGAUGUUGCUUUAUUAGGAUGAUAAGUAUUUUGUUUCCCUUUUUCUUCAAAGAAAAGGGGGGAAAAUAAAUGAUUUUUUACUCUUAGAAGAUUCUCAAUGUUUCAGGUUCUAUGUCGAAAGAAUAAUAUUUUGACACCAGAAAGAAUCGUUGUGAUUAUAUACCUGAUGCCAACUGACUCAUGUGGGGGACACUUGGGGUCAAUUUGGCUCAACAUGGGUGUGUCAUAGAUGUGAGAUGUAUACAGCAAAAAUCUGUUGCACUGGAUGGUUAAGGUGAUAUUAGAAAUAAGAUUUAGCUUGUCACAUGCUUCCCAUCAAA